GACAAGCGCAUUAAAAUUUACGUUAAUUUCUUAAACUGAAAACUUACCGUCGGCAGUGAGUGUAAAAAAAGAAGAAAAUAAUGAAAAUAAAUAAGUAAAACCUAAAACAAAAACAAAGUAACACUUUCUUUAUUUAAAAAUGGCGCCUAUAAAUUAUGAGUGCAUAUUAAAAUAAUGGUGCUGCUGAUGAGGGAAUGUGUGUGUGAGAAGCAUUGUUGAUGACACCGACAUUAACACACCCACGCCCGCGUUUUUUUUGUGGUGCUUUUUUUUGCUAUAACCUCAUUAAGACGUGAUCGCCUUUCUUUGCGCUCUUUUAAAUAUUAAUUUUUAAUGACAUUUUGUGUUUGUUUUAACUUAUUUUGAUGGUAAAUAAAAUGCUACACAUAUCCUGCAUUACCAAUCCCACAAUUUUUUUUCUUAAUCAAUACGAUUUUUACUUUCUCUGUUGGCCAUUCCUCAAGUUAUUUCUCUCUGUGUUUUUGUUUACAGUCAUGUUGAAGCAUUAACACACAUUCACAUAUAUAAAAUACCGUUAUUGCAUUAAUUUACAUUUACGGCAUUUCUUCUGUCAUAAUUCAAAUAUUUGCAUUUCAAAAUUGACAUUGUCGUUACGUGGUUGAAAUUAACGGUAAAUAUCUCUAUAUAUCUUCAAUGGAAAUUUAUUAAUUUUACUGUUGCAUACAUGUAUGUACUGUUGUAUUGUGCUGCUGCUGGUGUUUUUACUCGACUUUAAUAAACAACAACAAUAAUAAUAAUAAUGACAAAUAUAUUUGUUUAGCUUUGCCAAAAUGUCAUCUCGUAUUCAAAAUAAUUAAAACUUAUAUACAUUCAUACAUAUGUAUGUGUGUGCGUACGUUUUACAAAGUGUUUUAACUGUAAAUUCGUGCUAUUUCCAAAUGAAUAAAAGUUUUGUGUUUUAAAGAUAAAUAAAAAAAAAAGAAAAUUUAUAAUAAAUUACUGUCAGCAUAUAGACAAAUAUAAUUAUAUUUACCUUGUAAUAAUAUUGAAAUUAAAUCAGAAACAAAAUAAUUUUUCAAAUUAAAACAUUUACAAAAGGAUUACACUACAUUCGCCUGGAUUACUUGCAAAAGUUUAAAAUUACUUUAAUAUCUACAGAUACAUAAGCUUUAUAUACGAGGAGUCCUCGUGGCAUGCAACCCUGCAGUCCAACGGGCGUUUUAGCUGUUACCAUGCCUCCUUCAAAAAGUCCCACCAUGGAAUGUGCUGCUGGUCAAAAGUCACCAGAACCUAAUUCGGCAACUUCAUCAUCAUCGGCAACAACAACUACACCUCUGAGUACCCGCAAUUGUCCUUUGAAAUUUUCCAUAGCAAAAAUUAUGGAACCUGAUCAACGUUCUCAUUCAUCUCAAGCUUUACAACAAGAUUCGGAGAGAUCUUGCAGCCCUAUUGAGGUGACCAGUGAUGAUUGUGAAGUUAUUAUUACCACCCCUGCUAAUGCUGCUGAUAAUUAUGAUUCAGCUUUUAAGAAAUAUGUACCCUCGGCCAGUAUGGCUACAAAUGCUUCCUCCUCUUCUGCGGCAGUACAGCAAUUUGUUUCUACACGUCAUCAGGAAUUGUUGAGCCAAUAUCCUUUGUUGUACUAUGCAGCUCCUAAUCAAUUAAUGUGUGCUGCUGCUGCCGCUCAAUAUGCUGCUUUGACAGCCGCCCAACAGCAAAAUCUAUUGGCUAACAGUUCAGCUACAGCUGCUCAUUUGAGUUCAUUUACUGCUUCUCUUAAUACUUUGCAUAGUCAAACUUUAAGAAGACAACUUUCUCAACCCACCACUAGUCAUCAUUUAGCUGCUGCCGCCGCAGCUGCAGCAGCAGCUCAAGCUGCUCAUCAUCAGGCUUUAGCGGCUGCACAUCCCCAAAUACCCCAGUCUUUGGAGAAAUCACCUGUAAGCCACAAGUCUAGGGAAUCCUCGCAGACACCUUCCACUCCUUAUCAUUCGAACAAACGCAAACAUUCUCCUGCCUCUAGUCACAAUAACACCUCUUCAUCGAUCAGUGAUCCCUGCUCGCCUCCAGAACCUCAACGUGUUCGUGCCGAUUCUCCCAGUUCUUUGGAUGAUAGUCCCAAUUCAGCUAAUGGUAACAAACAGAAGACAUUUUCCUGUCUUGAAUGUGGAAAAGUGUUCAAUGCCCACUACAAUCUAACCAGACACAUGCCCGUACAUACCGGAGCUCGACCAUUUGUAUGCAAAGUCUGUGGUAAAGGUUUCAGACAAGCAUCUACUCUAUGUCGUCAUAAAAUCAUACAUACCUCCGAAAAACCCCAUAAAUGUCAGACAUGUGGUAAAGCUUUUAAUCGCUCCUCUACCCUUAAUACACAUACACGUAUUCAUGCUGGCUACAAGCCAUUUGUUUGCGAGUUCUGUGGCAAAGGUUUCCAUCAAAAGGGCAACUACAAAAAUCACAAACUCACCCACAGCGGGGAAAAGGCCUACAAGUGUAACAUUUGCAAUAAGGCCUUCCAUCAAGUUUACAAUUUAACCUUCCACAUGCAUACCCAUAAUGACAAGAAACCCUACACCUGUAGGGUUUGUCACAAAGGAUUCUGUCGCAAUUUCGAUCUUAAGAAACAUAUGCGUAAAUUGCAUGAUAUUGGUGGCAACUUGCAGUUGGAUGAUGAAAGCACCAAUGAUCGUUUGGAGAGACGUAGAGAAUACACUAGAAGAGAAGCCUCCAUAGAAUUUCACAACAGUCAAUUGAAUUCUAAUUCAUCGGAUGGCUCAAUGUCACCACCCAUCAAUGUAACUACACCACCAUUGUCCAGCAAUGAAGGCAGUAGUUCAGCUUGGCAUACAUCCUCUCAAUACACAACGAAUUCGCUUAAUUACCCACCCACAGCAGUGAAUUUAAAUCAACCCUCGGUUACCAACUUUAGAACUGCCACGGAUUAUGGCGGUAGUUCGGCAUUCAUUAACUUUGCCCAAACGUCAGCAACAGCACAUGCCGCCGCUUCAGCACCCCAUCUUAAUACCAAUCACAGUCAGCAUCUAACACAAACCAACCAUCAGCGUUUGUCAGCCGCUGCAGCAGCCGUUACUGCCAUGGACAAUGUUCCCUUCAUUGCCAAAGUAUUUUGACAUAGAUA